AUGAAAGAAGAAAGUAAUCUGAAUGGGAUGAGUGACAAGACCAAUAAGUUGACUAGCAAAUCGGCACCCAUCAAGUCGAUCCUCAAAUCUGCAAAGUCAACUAAGCCAACUCAAGAAGAGUCUGACGAUGAGGUUAUAGAAAUUGAACCGCCAAAUAUUCCUAAAGAUCAACAAGAGAUGUUAUCGGAAAUGAAAAAACGAUAUGGGAAUAUUCGAAUUCCACAAAAAUUCGUAUUAGUGGUUAAAGACAAUCAAGGUAAUGAAAAGGUAAUUGAUGACGAUGAUACUGAUUUAGAAGCAGAUAAUGAUUUUGAUGAUGCUGAUUAUGACGAAUAUGAAUCAUCUUCAGAUAUUGAGUAUAAUCAAGACGCACCACAAGAUCCUGUAAUAAGUGAGGAAGAAGAAAAUAACUCUGAAAAAGAAAAUUUGCCCCAAACUCGUCGUAUUUCACCAGCGUGGAAAUAUUUUAAUGAUAAAAUGUCACAAUAUCCAGGAAGACCAGAUACCUUAAUUCUACUUGAGCCUUUAGAAAAGACAACUGUACUACUUUCAGCCUCCUCUUAUCCCACUAUUUCAGAUGUUAGGUUCUUAUUUCUUGGGAUUCAACAGCAUCUAGAUGAUUAUAUUGGAGAAGAAGGAUUUAGUCAGAGUGAAGUGGCAUCAUCAAUCCUAACAGUAUUGGGAAGUGGUGGAUUCAUCCACCAUAGUAGCUACAAUUUUAGAUCCACGUACUAA